AUGACAUGCGAAACUAUUGACGAUACAGAUGACUCGCUACAACUCACACUCGAAGAUAAUAUUGAUGUGAAGUUUUCAACGUUUGCAAAAGUGAAUCUACGGUUGUCUCGUCAAGCAACAACAGACUUAGUGCCUUCUCGUGUUAUUUCAGCCGCCCAAUACGAACGAUUGUCACAUGAUGUACAAUCAAAUCGUCCUCAUUAUUAUACACUCAAAGCAACUUAUCGUCGUCGAUCAAUUCAAGAUUACGUUAUGACAUCUGUGCCAUUGUGCCUUGUUGUUCAAGCGCAAUUCCAGUAUCGUUUGUCUUUGUUCAUUAAUGAAAAUGGUUACGCCACCAGUAUUUAUCUAACAACAGGCAAUUCAACAUGUAGUAAAACAUCAUUAUCGACAACAACAAUAAACAAAAUUGAUUAUCCUUAUAAAGUCGAUAUACGAAUGGAGUUAUCUGAGACUGGACCUCAACCUGAUACACAACAUUUUCUUGAAAAAUUGCGUCGAGAAAAAGAAGCAAAACAAAAUGCUGAACAAAAUGAUAAUAGACCAUUUUUUCUUAAAUAUUGGAAAUACAUUAUACCAGUAGUCGUUAUUGUAUUAUUACAAGGUGUUUUCUCAGAUAAUGGUGGACAACAAGGUGGAGGCGGUGGCGGACAAAGAUAA